ACUGACACCAAUUGCACAGAAAGAAAUUCAGUAUAACGUUUGCAGGCAUAAACAUGUUUCGUCCCACUUCUUUGCGACAAUCACGAGAAUUUUUCCUUUCUACAAGGUUUAGGUGCUACUCCACGUCUUCUCCAAAGCCAACUUUGCAGUUGGUUGCACAGCUCCGAAAACUUACCGAAGUGUCCAUCACAAAGGCAAGGGAAGCCCUUACUGCCAGCAACAACGACGUGAACGGCGCACUGGCAUGGCUAGAGGCAGAUAUGGUCGCUUCCGGUGCUCAACGAGCGGCUAAAUUGGAGGGGAGGGUGGCCCGUGAGGGUCUUGUCAGUAUUUCUGUCUUGUCAGCUGGAAACGCGGCCAAGGCAGGAUUGGGAAAAGGGUCUGUGCGUGCGGCUAUGGUCGAGCUCAACUGCGAAACGGAUUUCGUGGGUCGGGGUGAACUUUUCUCGCAGCUUGCGGCCGAUAUCGCCCAUACUGCCGCUUUCAUAUCAGAACCCGUCGACUCGGAUAAUCUGAUCAUACCGUGUCCGCUGGAUGUCCUAAACGACGCACCAUUGAUAUCUCAAAAUGGCUCCCAGGCCCACUCCUCAUCUACCGUGUCUACUUCUAUCCGGGAUCUCAUGGCAAAAGUAGGGGAGAAAGUGUCAUUAAGGAGGGCUAUAACACUGGUUCAGAACCCGCUAUCAGACCAGUCAGGGAAUCUAGGUCUUCGCCUCGCGUCGUACGUUCACGGCGCCGUGAAUUCGGCACCUCAAGGCAAAAUAGGAGCCAUUGCAUUACUGGCUCUCAAGUCACCUAAUCUAUCUACUCAUUUCGCGUCGGAGCCAUUUACGCGAGAAUUGGAACGCUUGGAGCGCGCCAUUGCUCGUCAAAUUGUUGGGCUUGAUACUCUGUCGAUCAGGUCGAAUGGCAGUGAAGACGGAACGGCUCUCUAUGACCAGCCGUUUAUGAUGUAUGGUGGGGACUCAGCAAAUGAAACUGUGCGGACAGUGUUGAACCAGUGGGCUCUCGACCGUGGUCUGGUAAAGGACCAGGAGGAAGGGGGUGUAGAGGUUAUUGAUUUUGCCAAAUGGACCGUUGGUAGCAGCGACGUUGAAUAGUUUUUCUAGCACUAAUGACUUGAUCUCACUGUG